UGGAGCAAGAAAUGCUAUACUGCUAUCAUGAGACGGAGGAAGGAUUAUCCACUGAGGACUCUGUCUUAGGAGGCGGGGAUGGAGGAAUAAUGUGGUUUUCUUCUUUCACAUCCAACCUACCUGCUUCAUUCUCCCACCUUUUACCCUCUCUGCCCCCCCUUCCUCUCUCACUUUCUCAGGUCUAAGUUAUAAGAGAGGAGGGGUAGCUGAGUAACCUCCCCCCCUGGAAAUCCACCUGUGCUUCAUCUCUGUUGUAUGAGAGAGACUUACCCAAGUGAGGUUUUACCAGAGUCGACAUGGAGCGACUAGAGAGAAGACUGCCAGUUGUUUCCCUCCUUCUUCUGCAUCUUCUGUGUGUCAGCUGUGUCGCUAAUCAAAAAACAACGGGUAAAUACAAAAAAAGGGUGUGAAUUUCAGAAUACUUGAUGUGAUAAUGUUCUUUAAAUUGAUGCAUGUUUCAGAUAUUUUGAUUUGACCUGCAUUUAUGAAACGUUUGCAUGUUUUUUCUGUUCGGUUCAGUCUCCUGGUGUGUACUGUCUGAUGCUGAAGAGCAGAAGUGUCUGGAUUUGGCCGGGAAUGCAACAGCUAGAAAUAUUCGAGGAACUCUGGAGUGUGUGCGCGGCCUGAACACCAGAGAUUGUAUGGACAGAAUCAAGGUAUGUUAAGAUGUAAGGAUGUGAAUGUGUAGUUUUCAACUUCACAAGGAAGUAAAUCCCAACAUGUCUGGAUUUGCAUCAGCUGCCCACAGUUUGCGUUCUCAGUGUUUACAUGAUUCUAGUUUUAAAGCACAGCAAUAUCAGGAAAAGCUUAAUCCUGUUUAAAUGUAAAUAAGAGUUUUAAUAAGGACAGGGUUUAUAGUAUUUUUUCCUCCUCAGAACGGGACUGCAGAUGCAGCCUCUAUGUUUGCAGACGACAUCUACGCUGCCGGCCUCUGCCACGGCCUGGAGCUGUCUGCAGGAGAGUCCUACAACGCAGCGGGUAAGUCGCAGGUCUAAACCUGGCAGCAAAGUACAAACAAGUGUCAAAAAGCAUUAACGCCGUGGCAGCUUGAGUGACUCAGAGCAACAGGAGUGUGGUGAAUGUGUUUUAGAAAUCCACAAAACGCCAAAUUAAAGAUCAAAUUUGGAAAUUUGUCCUGACAACUCCGGGACUGGAUUGGCAGCUGAAAUAGACAGAUACAUAACCCCUCAUAUUUUAAUAAUUUGAUAAGUGAUGGUCAAAAACAAACAAGAGUUGUGCUCAUUUUAGUUGAUUUCUACCUGAAAGCACAAAAGUUCAUUGGUGCAUGUAAUGUGUGUGUUGAUAUACUAUAGUGUUGGUAUUUUAUAUCAUUUCUACAUCAAAAGGCUCCAUGAUUUCUGGCCACAGAUUCAGGUCUCAUAAAUCCUCUUUACAUUCAAAAUAUGAGCCUAGUCCAAUCAGAGAAAGACUCAAAACCCCCUUUCAGUCAAGAAAUGAGCAGUCUGUUUUUAUGCAAGUGCAGAGAGAGUUGUGUGUCAGAGUUCCCCCAAAGCAAACUGAGCUGCUUUUGAAAGUCACCUCAAUGGGAAUUUUAAAUAGUGUUUACUUAGACUGUUUGUGCAAAAGCAUCAACGUCUUCUUCUCACUUUAGUUUAGGACCAAUCAGAAAGGACAGGUCAUGAAUUAAAGAUAAAUGUUUGGCUGACCGGUGGGGGUGUGUGGCAAAAUCGAUCCUCCUCAUGAAGUCAAGACACUGAUGGUUGUGGUGUUGACUGAUGAGAUUAAGAAGGUGAUGAAGCUGUGGAAGUGGGCGGUGGCAGAGAAGUGGGGUAUCAUGUGUAACAACAGCAUUAAUGAACAGGAGAAGAAAAGCACAUUUAAAUUAGACAGCAGGAUGAAAAAUGAGGGUGUGAAAGAUACGAGCUGGUGAUGAGGACUGGAGGAGAUAUGAAUGAGUCAAUACAACAUUCGCAUACAGACUGUAGUCCUCCUGAAUGAACUUUGGAUGAAGCCUCAUUUUUGUAGUUUUGCAAAAUUGUCUAAUUUCUUGUAUUUUGUUGUUGAUCAAUGAUCUGUCAUCUCUGAGUUGCUUAUAGCUGGUAUAAGCAACUUAAUACCUGUAGUACUGGUGUCACAUCACUGUAGGGGUAGUGUUACUUUACUUAACAACCCUGAAUCCUGCUAGAUUUAUCGUACUAACAUGCUUCAUUGGAGGAAACACACCUUUACUUUGGCUUUUGAUGCUAGUUGAAUGUGACAAUUCAAGCAUUUAUGUUCUCUAUUGGGUUCUCAUAAUGUUAUUUAUUGUGGUUUCAUAUUUUUUAAACUCAUAUUUGCCUCUUAUUGACGUGUUUCUAUGCUUGCACAGCACUUAGAUCAACUGCAGCUUUGAUCUUGUGUGAUUUGCUUAAUGUGCAGUGUUGUUUGUAGUGCGUGCUUUUGUGUCUAAAUGUGCACUAUUGUUUUGUUCAUUAUUAUUUUAUGCUAAUGCUGCUGUGGAACAAGUUUUCCCAAGAGAAUAACAAAGUAUACCGUAUUGUUUUAACUCGUUUUUCAUGUCAUGUUUGUGAUGUGCAAAAAAAGCAAGAACACAGGGUAAGAUCUCAAGUAAAGACAUGACUUCAGAAGUUAACUUUAGCAUGAAAUAUCUUUCUAGCACCUUCCUCACAGCAUUGUCUACUUUAUUUUCCUCUAACCUCUUCCUUCAGACGGUAUCAGCUACUACGUGGUAGCCAUGGCCCGUCGCUCCUCCUCGGACCUGUCCCUGCUGGAGAUGCAUGAACGCAGCUCCUGUCACCCCGGUAUGCGCACCACAGUGGGAUGGACGGUUCCUAUUGGCUACUUGGUUAACACCUCCCAGAUCAGCGUGGGGGAGCAGUGCAACUUCCCUAAAGGUAAGAGGGGGGGCAGGAUCAAUGUGUGAGAGAGAGGGUCAGUGUGUGGGAGCUACCUGAGAGGUUGAGAGGAGAGAGGCAGUGAUGUGGAAUGAGGAGUGAAGGGAUGGAGGAGGAAGAGGAGGAGGAGAGGAGGCUGGAGAACAGUGCCUGUGUUUCUUUAAAGGUGAGAUUUAGAGGCCCCAGGUGUGUGUGUGUGUGUGUGUGUGUGUGUGUGUGUGUGUGUGUGUGUGUGUGUGUGUGUGUGUGUGUUUAAAUAAUUAUCACAUAUAGAAUGGGUUCAGACAGCUCCACUGCCUUAUAUGGAGGUCCCCUGUUUGAUAGGCAGACUUCACUUGAGGAUCCAGGUCCCCUCUUAGCAAUUAAAAAAAUAAUUAAAAGUCACAUUCAAGUAACAUUAUGGUAAAAGACCUUAAAAGAAAAAUUUAUUAUACUUUUGUUUUAUUAAAAUGACCAGAAAUAGAGGUCCACUCUUGGCCAGUCUGGGCUGAUAGUCCACUGUUGGUCAGGUAAGCAUGUUCAUGUGUGUGUGUGUGUUCGUGUGUACUUUGAGAGAGGGAGAAUUAACCAAGAGUAAGAGUAUUUUGAAAGGAUAAAGCUAAUAAUAUUUUUUUUUAUCAUGUAUUCCACUUUCAUAUAAAGCCCAAAAACUGCAGUUCCUCAAGUGACCACUUGAGGCUUGCUCCAAAAGCCCAGGAAUCCCCAUAAGGUCCUAAAUUACAGCACCAAACAAUAAAGCAGAAAUGUGUUUGUUUGCACACACUGCACAGAGGGUGAGAAUUUCUAAACCCAAACCAUUUCAAUGAUUAACAGGCCAAGAGUUCAACAUAAAUACUUAUCAUCAUGGCUCAGCAGGCUGGUGCUGGCCCAACUCAUCCCCCUUUGCCUGCUAAUUGAAACUUGGGUUGAGUCAGCAUAACCGACAUGGUGCCCAUCAUCCUCUGGCUGCAGAAUAUUCCUCCAGAAACCAAUUGUUGCCGUCCCAUAGACCGAGUCCACUCUUUAUCAGUCUGUGCUCAUUAAUCAGCCUUUUGGUUUCACAUUUACUGUGAAAGCUGGAAAUUAAGUUUGCUGUAAUAUAGAGGACAGAGCCCACUUCUAAAGCGAAAAAAUGGAUUAGAAGAGCAAAUUAUGCAGUAAUUAUUUUUUGAUCAUUUGGAUGAUAGAAAAGAGUGGGAAAGAAUAGCUUUUAUGUUUUUUCAAAGCCAAAGUGCUGGUAUUAAAUUUCAUUUCUUUGUUCAACUAACUUCCCCACAGAUUUAAAUGUUUUAGCUUAAGGGUUACCACAGAGUUAUGCUUUUUUCUGACACUUUCUCUGAUAGACUGGACUUGCUGGACUGGAGCUGUGCAGGUCCAAAUUUUAUGGUUAAAAUUCAACUUUAUUCUUUUUCCUUUUUUUCUCCACCUUUUUACUAGCCGUGGGGAACUUCUUUGGUUACAGCUGUGUACCAGGUGUGAAGGACCCCCAACAUGACCCCAGAGGCAACAACCCCAAAAACCUUUGUGAGGCGUGCAUAGGAGACGAGAAUGACAGACACAUCUGCGUCAACAACCCCAGAGAGAGGCAUUAUGGGGAGGCAGGGGCGCUGAGGUAAGCUGCUGAGCUUAAUAACGGAAAUGAAACACGAUGGACGAAAUGAGGAGGAUGAAUAACGACUUCUGCUUCUGAGUCGCAUCUCUGACAAACAUCUCAUUAACUGUGACAGUGCCCUCCAAUAGAGUUAACUAGCUUGUAUUUUUAUGGUCUUGCAUGACUAGAAAGUCCUCUUAGUAAAAAUUUUGCAUGAGUGAGUAAUAUUAUAGUACAUUUGUUGAAUCAGAGACACAAUUGAAAAAGCAGAGAUAGAGGAAUAGGCCGUCAUUAGUGAAAUAAAUGAAGCUCAAUGUGAAAAUUUUUGCAGAUUUCAACUGAAUUAUGUCCCUAAUUUAAAGUGCUUUAGGAUAUUUAUUCUGAACUUCAUCCAAGAGUCUCAACUGAGGACUAGGUUACAGCGUAUCGGACAGAUAAAUCCUUGUCCAACUCCGGUAAUUCUUACCAAUGAGCAUAAAAGUAAAGUUUACAAAAUGUUUGGGCCAAGCACCUUUUUCUGGAACAUAAAAUGAAUUCAAAAUCGAAGAGAACACGGUCAAUACAGCACUCUCCUUAAAAUAGCCAUCGCUGAAAUAAAGAAGAAAACAUCAAUACGAGAAGUGCUUCAAAACUUUUUAACGGAGGUGCGUUUGACUGUGUGUGAAGUUAAUGGCUUUUGCUGUGGAAGUAUUCGCAGUAGGUUUAUUUGAGGUGCGAGUAAAAGAGCUACAACAGCUGUUUUCAACCUUAAAGGGCAAACAGAGAAAGUUUACUGACAGUCUCCAGGGUCCAUUUUAGUCGUGUGUUGAUUUGUUUUAACUUUUUUCAUCUGUGCCAUUGUUUUUUCUUUCAGGUGUGUGGCAGAGAACCUGGGCGACGUGGCUUUCGUCAAACACACGACUCUGUUUGACAAUAUGGACGGUUAGUGUUGUAGUGAGUUUUGGAGAACGGGGAUAUAAUGAUGUCAUUGUUUUCAUAAGUUUCAAAGAGGUAACUCGGGGUCAACAGAGAGUGCUUGGCCCUGUCUCGACACAGGAUGUCAGUGUUUCACAAUUUUUAAGAGAAGUCAACACCGCAAAGAACAGAUGACGUUUUCUGGUAUAUUAAUGAUUUCUUCUACUAUUUAGUGUAUAAAAAGUUACAGAUAGAUAAUGAGGUGAAAAGAGAACUAAAAGGAGAAGGUCAAAAAAACAAACACUAUGAAGACAGGCAGAGGAAGACAGUGUUUUUGAUGUUUCUGUCCAGUAAAGAAAUGCCCUAAUUCUCCGUUUGCUGCAUCUGCUCUCUGCUUUGGGCUACAUCCUAAAUUAAUGGUGAUCAUUAUCACAGUCACGCUACACAGACUCUGCUGGUUCAGCCGAGCAGGAACAGUCUGACGCCAGCUCCACAAACGCUGUUGCUGCUUAACGAAGCAUGCUUUGUCAUAUGGUUCAGAAAUGUCCAGAGUCAGACCAAUUAACCGAGGUCAGGGAAACACAGAAGGGCCGUGCUGUCGUCUGGGGAGGAGGAAGAAGCUUCAAGGUGGCCUUUAUUCUCUCUCUCUCUCUAUGUGUUUGGCUAUAUGGUGUGAUGUUUGCCUCUGACAUCCUGUAGUUGGAAAACAAAUCUCUUUAAAUUACAAUAAGUGAUACAGAAAAUAUAGAGUUGGCGUUCAGAUUCAACUCUACACCAGAGGCAAAUAUGAAAACAAGUCACAUGACAUACAUCCUCUUUUACCCAGACAUGUCCUCUAUUUGUCCAGCUUUGUCCGGGGAUGUUUACAAAAUCUUUCUAAUGCUUCCUUCUAAAAGUUUUGUACGAGAGUUUCGAUUUUGUGUCGUGUGGACUUACUGAGUCAGAAGCGUGUAAAAGAUCUGACCUGAAAAACUCUCAAAAUUAACUUUGUGCAACUCCGUCCCCACGUAGUUGUGUCCUCUUUUAGGGGAUUCAGAAUAUGCUAACCCUACUAAAGGUUUGCAAAGCCCAGCCUCCCUGAGACACUAGCCCCAUUUAUAUGGGUAGUUUCAGAUCAGAUUGGCUAAGGUGUUUAUAUGAGACAUUUUGAAUCUGACUGACCUUUCAAUCUGAUUGUAAAUAGGAUUUUUGGACCCAUGUAAACGGGGCCACUGAGUCUAUACUUGUAAAAAAAAAAACAGCUAGCUUUAGCAAUGAGUCUUACUUGAGGGAGGGUUCAUAUUUCUUACCAACAACCGUGGAUAUAAUCAGCUGUACCGCCUUAGCUAGCAGGGGAGAGCUAGUUUGACUGCUGCAAGUCGGCAAGUUAAGUGCUAAAUCAAUAAACGCUGUGCACGCUACGAUAGGGUUGCCAGCCAACCCGAUUGCCUUCACCCUUCCCAGCAUGGUGAAUUUUUAAGCCCUUUUUUGUGUGUAUGAUUUAAGUAGAAGCGACCCUUUUCAGCUCAAUACAGGAUGCGUACUUUUAUUUCUAAAUAUGGGAUGUUUCUGUUUCACUCUCUUGCGACCUUGUUUCCUUGUGCACUUUGAAGAUAAGGUUGCUAGCAUUUGCUGUUUGCCUGCGAUCAAAUUAAAUAUCUGCAUAUUCUUAUGUUUUUGUGCUCUUGUUGUUUGAAAGGCCAGACAAAGCUCCAGCCUCCAAAGUCAUGUCAUGAUCAAUGUGUCACUAAUCUCUACAGUGAUACUUUUUGAUCGUACAUCUCUGUUCUGAAUAGUUGUGACAAAAAUCGGACACGCCGAUACUUCUGCCCUGUUUAGGUAAGAACCAGGAGUCCUGGGCCCUGGAUCUGGAGCUGGAAGACCUGAAACUGCUGUGUCCUGAUGGCACAGACGCCAAUCUAGACGAGUAUGAACGAUGCCACCUGGCAGCCGUCCCUGCUAACGCCGUGGUGGUCCGUGUGGAGGACAAGUGCCGCGUCUGGAAGUUCCUGGAGCGUUUACAAGUGGGUGUGGACAGAAGAAACAUCAGCUGUGCGUGUCUGUGUGUGUGUUUGUGUGUGUUAUUCUCUGACUGAGUGUUUUGUGUGUCUUGUAUCUCUGUGGAGUCUGCGUUAUCGAUCAGCGCGUCUCAGAACGCAGGUUUCUGCUAAACUGCCAUCCCUCUUCCUUACAGCGCGUGUUUGAGUGUGUGUGGGAGACGCCAGGAUGACUGAUACCUCCUGUGCUGAUCCCUUGGCCACACACACAUAAACACGCACAAACUAGAAUAAGAAGAAGAAACACACACUACAGCGCACAUCCACGCAAGCCCUCACGCAUUAAGUCCUGUCACACUUUCUCUCUCCUGCAGAAUGUGUUUGGCAACGCUAGCGAGGGCUUCAGCCUGUUCAGCUCAGCUGCCUAUGGCGAAUCCGAUCUGCUCUUUAGCGAUGCCACCCACCACCUGCAGAGGGUUCUGGGUAGCUACACCUCUUGGCUGGGCCCCACUUAUACCACCGUGCUGCAAGCCUUCGAGUGUGAGGGUAAGAGGGGAGGGUGUGCGUUCGCUUGUGUGAAAGUGUGUUGAUGAAGAGCAGGUGGAUAAGUGGCUGGAGGAGUGUCUUUCUCCUCCUUUUGUGAGUGUGUGUGUGUCUUUAUGUGUGUGUCCACUGCAGCUGUUCUCAUUACUGCGCUUUUCCCUCCAACAGGCUUCUGCUGAUGGAACAGGAGGAAGACAUCCAGCGCCUCAACUUCCACCCAAUCCCUCCGUCUUCGUCUACCCGUUCUGCCUUCCCCUCCCCACCAUCUGUGCCCCUCUGUAGCUCCAUCUCACCAUCUUUUUUUCUUUUUGUUUGCCUCGCUUUGCUUUUUGCGUUUAUUUUUCCCCCUGCAUUUUACCCCCUACUACCUAUUUUCUCAACCUCCUAAGAUUUGGUUCUUCUUUUAUAGUGUAGUAAAAAGUCCCACUCCGAUAAAGUGUUCUCAGUGGUCUUUAAAUUAUGAUUAUGAAGUUUUUACCAAAAAUCGUGUUAUCUCAUUUUCAAGGACUUUCCUUCUGCAGAGCUCCAGUAGAUCAUUAGCAAUUCGCCUCUGAGUCGUGGGCGGAGACAGCGCUGCUCUACACACUUCUCCUCGCGUUAGCUUAGCCUAACAUUGCUGAUGUAGUAGAAGUGGCAAGUAACAUAGUAGCUAUUCAGCUCUCGGAC